GCGAUAGUUUCGCACAAUUUUCCAUCAAACCCACUGUGCACAAUUUGCGGACAGCAAACAACACCAACACACACCACCACCCACCACAACACCAGGAUGGCUGAGCUUGACGCCUUGGCUGAUGAAAUCGAGCAGAUGAAGCUGGAUGGAUCCCUGUGGGAUGAAUCCCUGUGGGAUAAAACCCCGUGGGCUGCAUCCAUGCUGAUGCUUGGUACGCGAUGGAUCGAAGAGGCUGCUGAAUCAAACACCUCGUUGCGCCGCCUGCGCAACCGCAUCAUUCAUGGGUGUGAGGAAGGGCAGACCUUUGAAAGCAUGUGCUUUGGUGUCAAGGCGAUCGGUAAAGCUCCUUUGCAGGGGUAUUUCGAUGCCAUCGUCAAAUACGCAAGCACCGUCUACGACAGUACCCCGGAAGCAGACCGCAAACUCCAGUACUUGGUCUUCAUGCACGCGCUUGACAUGGCGCGCGAACACUUUUACCAACUGAGCGAGGAAGACCAGGCUCGCUUGGGUCGCGAUCCUCACAUUCGCUCGAUUUUGGACAAGCUGCUUGCUGUCCGAGCCCUUGGCCUCAAGGACAAGAAGGACAAGAACCGUCUGCGAAACGUGAUGAAGUACAGGCGCAAUGAUGCCAAGCCGCGCAUCAACAUCAACCUGAAGCAAGUCAUCAACGAAAAUACCACAUCUUACGCUCAUGCCCUGGAUGUUGUUGGAGAAUGUUUCAGCGAAGAUGUCAGGCGCUGGGCAGAGGAUGCUGUCAUCGAGAAGCGCAAAUCGACGCCGAUUGACAUUGGCAGUGCGCUCCACAUCCUGAAGACGUCUUUUCUCAAGCUUCGCCUCCCCCACGACAUCUCAAAGUUGCCACGAAAACUUAGCUCCUUGAAGCUCAGCGAGCAGCGCACCGUGCACCACAAAGACACUGAACGAACAGUGGAUCUCCUCAUAUCCGAGGUGCCAGAGCUCAUUGACUUGCUCGAUGUCAUGCUCGCUGUCAGUGGUGAGAUCAAGGCGGGCCUACUUGGCCCCUGCUCUCGCCUCAAGGAACUGCCAGACAUCGGUCCUCUGUACCGCAAAAUGCAGGAGCACAUGCGCCAGAAGGCUGCUUGCCAGUCCGGAGGCCGCAUACCUGCACCGCCGCGCGUUGUGGCUCGCGGAACUCAGGAAGACGGCGUCUGCGUUGAUGCACUCGUGGUGAUGAAGUUGGCCAAGUUUGCCCGCGGCAAUGUCGGCGAACAGGCUGUCGGCUCCCUCAUCGGCAUGCAACACAAGCGCUCCGUGGAAUUGACGGACUGCUUCAUGGUGCCUGGCCUCCUCUCAGGGCCAGACGACGAAGACGGCGACAUAGGUGAGGGUGGCAAUGAUGAAGCAACCUCCAUCCAUGCACAAAGUGGCAAGUCUUCGCAGGAGUACAAGGACACGAUGCUCAAUGCCAUGCGUGCCGUGAACGCAGACUAUGAUGAAGUUGGCAUCUUUCAGGUGUCGGACGCGCGUUCCCUAUAUGACAAGGACUUGAUCCUCCACCUCUACAACUACCAGACCUCUACCCCAUUGGCCAUUGUCCUCGUGUACGACCCCACGGCUGUGGAGGACAAUGCACUGUCCAUUCGUGCGUUCCGGCUGUCAGCGCUGAUGCUCAGCUUUCUGGAGGCCACCAAGCCGGAGAAUCUGCUGCAUGUUGGCCCAGACGAGCUUCGCGUUUCUGGUGGAAGGACGCCCAUCACGACUUCAUCUGUGUUCGUCGAAGUGCCCCUGCAACUGCACACUUCAGUGCUCGCUCGUGCUGCCAUCCCAGACCUCGCCCAGCAAGCACAAGUGGAGGAAUCCCCCGAUCUUGACGUGUCUCGCUUCCUGGACGAUCACAUCACGACGAUGAUGAAGUGCAUUGACGAGCUCUCUGAUGAGGCCGUCAAGUACCACCGCUUCAAGGACACCGCUGCCCGCCAGCCGCCCGUCGCCGAUUUCUUUCAAGAGUUCAAGCACGAGCACGGUCGGCCACCCACAAUGCGCGAGUUGCAGGCCAAGUUCCCCGAAGAGCGUCUCGAAACCCCUUCCGGCGUGCAGUCGCUGCUUGUCAAUUCUCAGAUCUCGGCUUACUGCGACCAGGUGGCCAAGGUUGCCGCCCGUGGCAUUGCCGCGGUGUCCGUGUCUGGCACGAUCAGCGCAGCAAAGAACGCUGGAGAGCCCGAGAAUGCUGCCGAAACACGCCAGGAUGAGUGAGCUGUCAUGGCAGUGACGCCACGCCUGUUCUUCCCACCCUUCUUCCCACCCACCCCUUCCUCAUGUUGUUACAAUUUGUCGCUCUUGUUACUGCUCUUCCUUGCCGUUCCACCGUCACUCACCAUUACACAAACAACACGUCCCA